CUGUGUAAAUAACAUAUACACCUUACUGGUAUGUUUGUAUUACCGCAAACGCAAAUGUGUUUAUACACUGUGUGUACAAAAUAUUAGGAACACCUGAACUUUCCAUGACAGACUGGUGAAUCCAGGUGAAAGAUAUGAUCCCUUACUGAAGUCACUUCUUAAAACCACUUCAGUCAGCGUAGAUGAAGGAGAGGAGACAGGUUAAAGAAGGAUUUUUAAGCCUUGAGACAAUUGAGACAUGGAUUGUGUAUGUGUGCCUUUCAGGGGGUGAAUGGGAAAGAUCAAAGAUUUACAGUAAGUGCCUUUGAACGGGGUAUGGUAGUAGGUGCCAGGUGCAUCGGUUUGAGUGUGUCAAGAACUGCAACGCUGCCGGGUUUUUUUCACGCUCAACAGCUUCCCCUGUGUAUCAAGAAUGGUCCACCACCCAAAAGACAUCCAGCCAUCUUGGCACAACUGUGGGAACCGUUGGAGACAACAUAGGCCAGUAUCCCUGUGAAUCACCUUCAACACCUUGAGGAGUCCAUGCCCAGACAAACUCGGGCUGUUCUGAGGGCAAGAGGGGGUGCAACUCAAUAUUAAGAAGGUGUUCCUAAGGUUUUGCACACUUAGUGUAUAUUGCAAUUUAUUUGGUUGAUUUUCAAAUAAUAUUGCAUUGCUAAUUGACAUGAGUGAGACGCAGAUUCCAGUGGAAUCUAAAGAUGGGGAAAACACAGAGUGUCCUUGAGAAGAAAGGAUACACUACCCAGAAGGAGGUAGAGAACGGUGUCAUAGCUACUGACAAACAUGGGGACCAGUUUGUCAUUAAAGAGAUCAAACUGAAUGAGACAUCUGUCCUGAACUCCAGUGUUGAAAGCCUCAGACAGAUUAGUCACCCCCACAUUGUCAGCUACAACAACUCAUUUCUAGAGGAUAACUGCUACUAUAUAGUGACAGACCAUUGUGCGAAGGGAAAUCUGUCACAGAAGAUACAAGAGCAGAUGACAAACCCUACAGAAGAGUACUCUGAGAAGAUUAUGGACUGGUUUGUCAAGAUCUGCAUGGCCCUGAAGCAUGUACAUGACCAGGGCCUUCUUCACAGAGAACUGAGACCCCAGAGCGUACUCCUCACAGAAUUUGAAACACUUCGUUUGGGAGCGUUUGGAAGUGUCAAUGAAAAGACGACCAACGAGGAUGGAAUGGUGGGUUAUUUAGGCCCAGAGAUUCUAACUGGUGGAACGUAUGACACCAAAAGUGAUAUUUGGUCCUUGGGAUGCGUGCUGUAUGAGUUGUGUAUGCUUCAGUGUGCAUUCACUGCAGAGAACACAAUCAAGCUCAUCCGCCAAAUAUUGGGAGGUUCUUACCCAUCUCUCCCAGAGAGCUUCUCAUCUGAGCUCCGCGACCUCCUGUGUGACAUCUUCCAACAAGACCCGACCAUUAGGCCUUCAGCUGGUGACAUCAUGGCGAAACCCUUCAUUAUCAGUUUCAUGGCAAAAAAGAGUGAGAAAACUGUGGAGGAACUCCAGACCAGCUUGGACAAGCUGAGAACUCUGGCAGACGGCUUGGAGAGUAUUCACAAAGGCACCACUAUAGGCAGUCUGACGGGAGGUGUUAUUGGAGCAGCUGGAGGAAUCACCUCUAUAGUGGGGCUCAUCCUGGCUCCCUUCACUCUGGGCGCCUCCCUGAUCGUCACUGGGGUGGGUAUUGGGGUGGCUGUCGCUGGUGGAGCCACAGCCGGAGUAUCCAACAUCACCAACAUGGUCAAUCAGUCCACCGACCGCCGAGCCAUCAAGAACAUCAUCAAGGAGUUCCAGGAGAAGAUGAACUCUGUGGUGACAUCUCUACAAGACAUCGCUGAGGGUUUGGAGACACUCAUGCAAAGUAGCUCUUCUAAGAUAAAAAGUGCCGGUUUCAAUGUAGACGCCGCUGCUAGUGCUGGGGUGAGGGCUGGGAAAGGCCUUGCGGGCACAAUAGAGCUCUUCAGACUACUCCGGGUGGCCAAUAUUGGCAAGGUGGCAGCCCAAACUGCCAGGGCAGUGCGUGUGGCAGAGGUGGCGACAGGAAUAUUUUCCGCUUUUUUUGUAGCGGUUGAUAUCUUCUUCAUCGCCAUGGACGCCAGAAAGAUCCACAACAUCCGACAGGCGAAGUCAAAUGAACAGGCUGGUGAUACCAGCAAGUUAGAAGUGAUGGACACAGACUCCACCACUGAGCUGGAGCCUGGAUGUGAAGAACCAAAGGCUGAGGUCAAGUCAGAGACCAUGAAGUUCAUCCAGACGAUCAGACAGACGGCUGAACGGCUACAGGAGAGCCUGGACGAACUGAGUGACGUCAUCUCGUUCAUUCCUAAGAUAGAGGACUGUUACUUAGACGACUGAUCUACUCAGUGAUUGUACGGGAUGCAUAAACAGAUCCAAUCCUACUUUAAUAUUGAACUUCUCUGUAAUAGACCGGUAUGGGCAGAUGUCCGUUUUGAUCGCCAGAAACUCACUAUCAUCCUUAAGACAUGGCUUGUACAACUCAGUUAUUGACAACUAAAUGUUACAGAAUCAAAAUCUAUAUCACAGACGCCUCUACUUCUGAAAAUAUUAAUUUUAUAUCACAACUAUCGGGAUUGAUUUGACCUGUGUAUUAUAUUCAUGAAACAAAUUGUAUCAAAGUAGUAAGCAACUGCAAAAUGAUCCGUUUCAAUCUAUUAAUGGAUGAAAGCGCAUGAUGAUUGUAUGGAAUUGUGUUAAUAAAACAUUGACUGAAAUGUUUCUGAAAUAUUGUGCAUGAACGUUUCUUCAUGGUAAAAUAAUAAAGAUCAGUUAAAAA